ACGUGGUAGCGUGAGCAGAAACAAAUAUGGCGCCGCGAAAGUGAGGAAAAAUCUGCUGAGAGCUUUUAAACUGAAAUUGCUGUAGCUUUGGUAGCGUUCAGAUUAAAACAAAAACUCAAACAAAGACAAAUUAAAAGUUAAUUUGCGUUUUAACUUGAUAGUUAUUUGAACAGAAAACGGAGACAACUAACUUUAUUUGCGGCUUUUUAAUAUCUCGUGCGUUCAGUUUGUUUGCAUACCAACCGCCGUCCUUGCGAGCUGUCAGUUAACGUUCGGUUGACGUGUUCUGUUUGACCGGAAGGAGCUGUUUAAACAUUCAUUUAUCCGGUUUGUUUGGUUACUUUAGGCCUCUCCUGUCAGUCAGCGCUCAGGGGUUGGAUGAUCCCACGAGCCAAUGAGAGGAAGAGGAGGACACUCUUCAUCAUCGUCAUCAGCGAUUCGACAGCAGAUCAGGAUGGCUCUGAGGAAGCAGCUGAUCCAGAACAUCUCCUGCGACAGCCAACAAGAUGAAAACACACAGGACGAAGCUUCUGCUGACACAGAUAGCAGGGAUGAGGUCUCAUCUUUACUUCGGCCACCGUCAUUAACACGAGAGAAGCGGCAAAAGGAGAGGGAGAACCACUCCAACCAGAAAGAGAUGACAGAGGAGGAGAUGAUGGACCUGGCCCUGCAACUAAGCAAACAGGAAGCCAGCAAUACAGCACUGAAAAAGCAGCGAGAGGACGAGGAUGUGAUGAAGGCCAUCCAGGAGAGCAUGAUCAACCAGACACAACCUUGUCUUAAUUCUCCAAGUAAAUCUCCGCUCGAUGGCGCCCCCCUGAGUACCGCUUCUCGACAAAAACUCUCAUACUCCAAUGGGGAGAAGUUGCCGGGGAAUGGCUGCACAUUGGAAGGUGACAUGAACUCAGAAGUUGUUGGACCAAGAGGUGAAACUAUUACCAGGAGUAAGAAGCGGAAAAGAGGCACAGGCAGUCCUCUGUUGGAGAUGCCAGAUUUGUCACAGACUCAGAUGUCUUCUCAGAAUUCUCCCUCCAGUCCCGAAUCAUUCUCAGCUCAUUUGGACUCUCCACAGAGUUCCAGCUCAACUCAUAUCGAUGACUCCCAGCUCCAGAUGUCUCCAGUCUUCCCACUGACCGGCUGCAAAGCGGAGGUCCACAUCAACCGGCUCAACUCGGAUCUAGUGGAGACCUGCAAGAGCACCGGGUUUGUCUUGUGUUCUCAGGAUAGGUUGACUUUGACUCAAAGUUCUGCUCAGUCCAGAAGCCCCAUAUUUCCCCAGAGUAACCAGAUAUCCUCUCCCAAAAGUCCUGUGUUCCCAGGAGAUGACGAGGGAAAUGAAGGACAGCCAGAGUGGAACCCCAAGUUUAAGAGUCCAGUUUUUGGCAAGACUGCUGAGUGUGAAAUGUCUCUGCAUGCCUCUAAACACUCUGCCACUGAAAAUGCAGAGUUUGGUUUUUUCACUCAGGAGAGUCUAAUCCCCACUGUGAGGUCGUGUCCCCCCCAGAGCCCUGUGCUCCCUAAAAGGUCUUCAGAUUGGUCAUUACUCCUUAUUGACCCUGACCAAGGACAGGUGGAGCAGAGAGAUGAACGCUCCACGAGCCCGGUGUUUGGUUUGACUGACCAGCAGGUAAAACCUGCAGAGCUCAGAGGUUCUGAGCAUGAUCAAAGUCCCCCCGACUGCAGCAAGGACAUAAAGUCUGAUGGCUGUCAAACUGCUGAGUGCAACAGACAUUUACCUAAGUCAGUGUUAGAAGAGCUAAUUGAAAAACCCAAAGGCUUGAACUCUGCAGAGACGUACCUGACGAGUGACAGGGCACUGGUCUGGUCAGAACAGGAUGAAGAUGACGUUCUGCCAGUUGGUUCUCCUAGCCCAGUCUUCCCUGAAGAGAAAGUUGUUGUUCCAAAUGUCAGCCAGCCUGGAUCCUCCCCAAAUCACUUGUCGGAAUCUUCCCAAGAACCAACUGGGCCGGGCUGCAGGGCAAACCUGAUGAGCACCUCUGGUCUUUCUGUUUCCAGCCUGAAAUCCCUGAAAUGUGAUCCGGGCUGCAAGAAACAUGUAUCAUCUGGAACUAUCUCCGCUUCUACGUCCACCAACCAGCAGCAGUUUCACACCUCAGGGCAGGAGCUCCAUCUUGUGAGUAGACAGGAGGUGGUCCCUCCACCUGGGGAACCUUCAGGCAACCAGACGAUUAACUACUACUGGGGGGUUCCCUUCUGUCCGAGAAGCCUGGACCCAGACACAUACACCCAGGUGAUCAUGGCUCAGAUGGAGGUUUAUGAGAAGAGUCUGAAACAGGCUCAAAGGGGGCUUCUAAGGAAGGCUGAGUGGGGGGAGGCCAUCCAGCCGCAGCCACAGAAGUCCCUGUCCCCCAAAGCACCAGCUGAAUCGCAUCAGCCUUGCGUUUCUCGAAGGAGAGGCCUCCGACUGAGAGGUAGUAAAAGGAGCGAAGCUGCUGGUUUUCUUCCAGAUGAGGAAGAGGAGAGGAAAGAUGAAAGAGAAGACGAGCAGCAAGACAAGGAGGAAGAGGAGAAAGAGGGCGAUGAAGUACAGAUAGAUACUGACUGUGAGGUUUGUCUAGAAACACAACUGAGCGACAACAACAGCACAAAAGACCUGAGCUUGGACGCUGAUACUGAAGCACAACCUCCACAGAAAAGUCCUGAGCUGCCUGAGAUAGAGAUGGUUCUUAGAGAUGAUGUUCCGACCAGAGACAUGCCUCUGGAGCAAAGAAUGAAAACCACAAAGGAUUCAGAGAUGGAGGAAAAUGUCUCAGGUUGCAGGGAAGAUGCUGGAGGUCAGCCUGCAGGAGAGGUAGAGAAAGUAAAUGAGACCAGGAAGGAUCCAGGUGUGGAGGAGAUGGAAGACCGAGGUCUGCAAAGAUCAGAAUCUCCUGAACUGGAAGCGGCUGUUGUCCCUCACAGCCCUGAAACGUCUGUCGACUGCCCCAUCUGUCAGGGAUCGUUUCCUGCGAGCGAGAUUGAAAUGCACGCGGCGUACUGUGAUGGAGAGGUCACUGUGGUCGGCCAGAGGAGGCCUGAAAGCCAACGUUUCCAAGAUUCAGUGAAACCUCGUAGGAAGAGGAUGAGAAGAACAGAGGCGAUAUCAGAGGAAACCACCCAUCUCUCUGUUAGCAGAACGCAGGAGAAAUGUUUCAUCUGUCAGAAAUCUGUUCCUCCAAAAGAUUACAGUCGUCACACAGAACUCUGCCUUCAGCGUGGGACAGUGAGGAGGGCAGCAAAGGGAAACUUGUUGUCGGCUCUGGAGCAAACAGAAAGCAGGGACUCAGCUGCUGGACCAUCAGGAUCCAAACCCCAACCAGAAGCUGUUAUCGAUCUGCGGGAUGAUGAUGAUGACGAGGACGUUUUGGCGUACAGGAUCAGUAACUCUCCCAUCAGAUCAUUCACUCCCAUCUCUGAGGCCACCGGAUGCCUUAUCGACUUCAGAAAACAGCAGCGAACCAAGAAGCCCAGUCAAAGACGAAGAUGACGUCAUGAGGAAGGCACCAGAACCCUAACCGUCACAACACUGGAUAGGCUGCCAAUGCUAUGAUGAAGCCUUCAAGAUGUUUUGCCUAAACACAAAAUAAGCACUUGAACAAUGAGAGGAAACUUUGUUGAAACCACUACCUGUGGCUGAUGUCAAACUACCUCCUUUGUAUAAACAUUCCCUUUAUGUUACUGUAAUUCUGCUUUUAUUUACAUUUAAAAUCUUUUAAUCAAGCAAACCUUCGAUUUAAAAUAAACUUUGAUUUUCUCUGAAAAACAGCUGAACAAAACUGUAGUGCCUCCUACUGUCAGAAUAAAUUAUUACAAACCUAAAUACAACAAAAAAUCAGACCCUGACAAGUUAAAUCACAUGUAAUAAAAACUGAUAUUCUCUUUAAA